ACCAUAUAUAAUGUCAUUCUAAAAGAGUAACUGCUGCCACAAAGCACAUGCUAAUUUUCUGCUUGAACCGUCAGAAAUCUAACUAAGUCGGUCCGAAAAUUAAUUAAAUGUGUACACAAAAUCAAUUAUCCCCCUUCGCAUUUGUUGAAGUAGAGAUUGGAGGUGGCAAUGGAAACCUUGUGGAAACAUUGGAAUCCUUGAUGCCAUCGUCUGCCCAGAUGCUCAAUAUUCUCCGAAUAAAAACACUGAAACUAUUUAAGGGCGUUAACUCUUUCCGUUUCUACUCUUACGAACCCUUAGCAUGCACUAUACAACGGUCAAUUGACGCAUCAUCUCGAGAUUGGAGUGACACAAGUCGUCCGCUAUUCUUGGUUUGUCUGAUUUCUACCGAGUACUCUAUGGAAGGCGAAAGUCCGUACACCUACCGAAUGAUGUAUAGUCGUGAAACACCCGAUCCGUCAGACGAACUCCUAGCCACCGAAUUCGCCAAGCUUAUUGGAACGUCAAAUGCAUCCGGAGAAAUGGUCUUUGCCACUGUAGAUAUGAGAUAUCGUCCAUUUCUGUGCAAAAUUGCAACGAAGUUUGGAAAGACGAUGGACAGCAUGGGGACGCGAACGUGGGCGUUGUAUCUGCCCAAAGCCAAAGCUGAUGGGUGGAAACGUGAGAUUAAAUACGGAGCUGGGAAAGAUAUCACCGUAAAACCCCUCAGCUCAGGUGACGCUACAACGGUGAACUCUCAUUGGAAAUGGGGAACCCUUGAAUCUGAUCCCCACAUUCGAGAUCAAAUUGAGAAAUUGCCUUCAGCCGGAGUGUUUUCGAACGAUGACCUCGUCUCGUGGGGAAUUUUAUGCCUGACGGGGACCAUAAGCGCGCUUCAGACUCAGGAAUCACACCGGAGACGAGGAUUUGGUGAACUAAUCAUGAAAUCGAUAAGCACUCAGAUGAUAGAACAUGAAAUGGUCCCGUUUUGUGAAGUUGAGCUGGAUACAACGGCUUCGAGAAAAAUGAUGGACAAGUUGGGUUUCAUCGUUGCUUUUGAUGCUGCUUGGAUGAGUUGGCCUCAUAAUAAUUGAAUGGAUGAGGGAAUGAUUUUAGUCUGUCUAUACUGUAGUCACAAUUGUGAUCACGAAUUUACUAAAAAAUAAAUCAAAUAAAAGCACACAAAAUUUAUGUACCAAAUAA